AUGAGUAAGAAACUUAAUAAUAUGAAAUGGGAGUCCGUCGCACUGGAUGGGUUCCCAGCGUCCAUGACAGACAAUUUUCAAGGAUUCGUGGGUUUAGAGGAAUGCACAGUUUAUAGUUUCGAUAAGGAAGGCAAGCGGUCCAAAAAGAACAAUAAGCAAGAAAAACUAGCUAGGAAACAGAAGAAGCGAAAAUCUUCGGAAAGUGAAACCAAAGAGGUUCCAAGUAAAAAAGUUAAACUAGACAAUGGUUUCAUAGUAGAAGCAUGUGAUAACACAGAACCAUCACUAGCGAACAAUAAACAAAAGAGAAAUAAAAUUAAAAAGAAGAAAAAUAAAAAAGCUAAACAAUUAAAUAAUAACAUUAAUACUGGCGACACUAGCGAGGAUGAUAAAGAGAAUGGCAAUACUGAAGAAGUGCCAAAGAAAAAGAAACCUAAAAACAAAAAGAAAAAAGGUAAAGAGACAGCUGGCACUGAAAAAGUAGUUAAAAAGGUAAAACAGAGAUUGGGUGAUCUUCCGGAGUCUACAUCGGAAUUAACUCCUGAAGAUAUGCUGACUUGGGCAGAGUUUAAGUUGCAGGAGCCUAUAAUUAAAGCUUUGACUGAACUGGGAUUCAAACAGCCGACUAAGAUACAACAGUUGACGCUACCAGCUGCUAUUCAUGGUCGUAGAGACAUCCUUGGCGCAGCAGAAACAGGCAGCGGCAAAACCCUAGCCUUUGGCCUUCCAAUUUUAUGUGGAAUCCUAAAACUGAAAGAAAAGGCCAAACUAAAAGGCCUAGACUACAUACCAUACAGAAAACCAACACUUAAGAAAAAAGAAGAACCAAAAGAAAAAAAGCAGAAGUUCAAACAAAAAGACCGAAAAGAGAAUAAAAAGCACAUUGUGCCAGAAGAGAAAUUUAAGGAGUCUUCUGAAGAAGGGUAUAGUAGUGGAAAAGAGAGUGAUGAAGAAGUAACAAAGAAUGCAGGAGAAGAAACAAAGAAUGUAGAAGAAGACUAUUUAGAAGAAUAUGAUGUUCCUAUAAGAAAAAGGGAUAAUUCUGCUGAAGGAAAUGAUGACGAUGAUGAUAAUUAUAUACAUUUGUCUGAUAUGUUGGACUCUGAUGAUCUGGCUGACAGCAGUGAUGAUGAAGAGGGUAGUGAAGUUGAUGAUGAUGAAGAUGAGGAUGGGAAAAGUGCUGAUGAAUUAGGUUCAGCAGAUGAUGAUGACGAUGUUGAUAGUGGAGAUGAUGAAAUUGAUGAUGAUGGAAGCGGGGAUGAUGAAGAUUUAGAGGAAGAAGAAAAUUAUGAUGGUGAUGAAGUCAAUGAGGAUGAAGAAGGCGUUGGCUGUGUAAAAGUAGUGGACAACAUAGAGAUCCCCGGCCAUGUGUCUAUGAAGACUGGCAAGCCAUUGUAUGCUCUCAUCCUAACUCCUACCAGAGAGCUAGCUAUUCAGAUCAGCAGACAUCUGAUAGCCGCUGCUAAGUAUACAGGUAUAAGAGUAGCAACGAUAGUGGGUGGUAUGGCGGCCGUGAAGCAGGAGAGGGUGCUCCGCUCCGGGCCCGAGAUAGUGGUCGCUACACCGGGGCGACUGUGGGAACUUAUUGGACAAGGACAACCACAUUUACAGCAGUUGGAUUCUGUUCAAUUCCUAGCAAUAGAUGAAACAGACCGCAUGGUAGAACGCGGCCACUUCGAGGAGCUGACGCCGCUACUGGAACGUCUGAACGCGGACGAAGAACGCAAGGCUGCGAGACAGAACUUUGUGUUCUCCGCCACUCUCACCAUGGUACAUGACUUACCGACGCAUAUGAAGGGGAAGAAGGUAACAAAACAUGGCAAGAUUAUAAAUCGAAAGAUAGAGAAGAUGACACCUCAGCAGAAGGUGAACCGGCUCGUCAAGAUGAUUGGCAUGACUGAGCCCAAGGUCGUUGACAUCACCACGCAGAACUUGGGUACAGCAGAGACGCUAACAGAGUCCCGUAUAACAUGCGCGCUAGAACAUAAAGACGCAUACUUAUAUUAUAUCGUGAAAAGGCACCCUGGCAGGACUAUCGUGUUUUGUAACUCUAUAGGAAGUGUUAAGAGAUUAGCCCAACUAUUCACUUUGCUCAAGUGUCGCCCUCUACCGCUACACGCCAGCAUGCCGCAAAGACAGAGAAUUAAGAAUUUGGAGAGAUUCCGCGACGACCCUCACGGAGUACUAAUAGCAACAGACGUAGCAGCGAGAGGUCUGGACAUACCUCACGUGGAACACGUCAUACAUUACCAGGUGCCUCGCACGGCUGAAAACUAUGUACAUCGCAGUGGCAGGACCGCCAGAGCCAGUCGAGAGGGACUUACUAUACUCAUGAUGGAUCCCUCCGAAGCUUAUUUGUACGCGAAAAUGUGCAGGACUUUGAAUAAAACAUCAGAAGUCCCGACCUUCCCAGUAGACAGUCAGGUCCUGGCUCCCAUCAAGGAGCUGAUGGUGGUAGCGCGAGAGUUGGAUGCACUGGAACUCAAGAAACGAAGGGCUGCGCAGGCGCAUGGGUGGAAGGAACGAGCUGCGAGAGAAAUGGACAUCAUUAUUGAUGAUGAUGAUCUUCCAGUGAAGCAAGUGAACGCGUCAAUAGACAAAGAGUUGAAGUCCAAACGGCGACAACUAGACUCGUUGCUCUCCCGGCCUAUAUACCCUCGAGGAUUCUCGUUCAAGUACCCGACUCUUAACAAUGAUGCCACGGCAUUCCAAGGCAGCGAGGAGAAUGCUCUACAGGUAAUGAAAAACGCAUUACAAUCAGGCCAGCUGAAGACAGAAAAACGAAAAAGUAAGAACGCGCCGCUACUUCAAUUACAGAAGAAAUUUAAGAAAAAAUAG